CGCUACAUCACUCCAUCGCUACAUCGCUACGUCGCAACAUCGCUACGUCGCUCCGCCGCUCGUGCUCGCACACGAAACGCAGCUGUCGCACCACACUAUCGCUAUCGCUAUCGCCUUUGCCCUCAUCUGCGCGGAUCCCCACGCACAGCCCACGCCGCAAUCCAUCGCCUCGCCGCGCUCCACCCGAUCGCAGACGGUCGCUCGAGGGCUCCGCUCUACCCGCUCACCAGCCUCGCUGCAGCCAUAGCGCGCCAGAAAACUGGGAACAAUGUCGGCCGCCAUGGGUCCGCAGCAAGCCAGGCCCGCUCCCGGGCGGGCGCGCGCAAAGUCGGGCGCCUUCAGCUUCCGCAGCCAGGGCUCCGAGGACAACAGCAACAGCAACAGCAACAGCAACAGCACCGGCACCGGCAACAGCACCGGCAACAGCACCGGCAACAGCAACAGCCACGGCAACGCGCCGUCCAAGAGCCCCAAGAGCAAGCACGCCCGCAAGGAGAGCGACAGCGAGCGCCGCAAGACGCACUACGACCCGUCCACCAAGGCGAACCCAAACGCCGCCAUGAACGAAGCCCAGCCGAUCGCCGCCGCGCUCGAGAAGCCCACGCUCCAGUCCCUCCGCUCGUUCCAGCACAGCGACGCCCACGGCAACCUGAUCGCCGAGCCCGACCUCUCCAACCCGACGCGCUCGCGAUGGGAGCGCCCGCUCGACACGAUCCGCUCGUUCGAAGCCGCCAUUGACGGCGAGUACCGCCGGCGCGCCUCGCAGAUGCGCGCCGACCAGACCGACGUCAUGUCCAGCUACGGCGGUGCGUCGCGCCGCUCCUCGUACUACGGCGGCGCGCCCGACGCCCAGCGCCACUCGGCCAGCACAUACCACGGCAACAGCGCCAACAGCGGCAACAACGGCAACCACAGCUUCGCCGCCCGCCCGCCCCGCGACUCGUACGACAACGGCUUCGCCCAGGGCGCCCGCAUGGGCCCGCCGCAGAACGUGUACGGCCAGCCGCCGCCAAACGGCCACCAGCAGAGCCGCGACACGGUGCACACCAACGGCUCCAACGGCAGCAACAGCGACGGCGCGUACGCCACCGACCCGAGCGACAACUCGUCGCUGGAGCGCUCCCUGCCCGUCCGCCCGCCACACGCCGAUGCCGCCGAGCAGUACGGCGCCAACGGCUACGGCGGGCCCAUUAGAGAAGAGCAGCAGGGCGACUACCAGCAGGGCGGCUACUUUCAGCAGCAGCAGGGCGGCUUCCAGCAGCAGCAGGGCGGCUACCAGCAGCAGCAGGGCGGCUACCAGCAACAGCAGGGCGGCUACCAGCAACAGCAGGGCGGCGCGCCGCCGCCGCCGCCCAAAGCUGCGCCCAUCAGGCUCGGCGGCGAGGAGGGCGGCGCCGCGCCCGCGGACAGGCCGGGCGUGUUGCGGAAAGAAAGCGCGGGCGAGGACAAGCGGCGGAGCUGGUUCAAGCGGCGGUUCAGCAAGGACUGAAGACGACAUUUUUACCUUUUGGGACACGAAAUCAUUUGAACGCGUACACGACGGCGUUGGGCGCGGACCGAGUCACUCUAGUGCGGUGCUACAGGAGCGUUUCUUGCAUUGCUCGUGCGAAAGCUAUGUGGUAAUCUGUAAUGCAUGUUGUUUGAUCUGCCUGUGAUCUGCCUG